AUGUUCGGAGCGAUUUGUUGGGAAACCGAAGAAGAGCCAUUCGACAAUUCGGAACGUCGAAAAUUCCAGGAUAAAUUGAUGACAAUUCGAAAUCGACGACAUCGCGAAGAAUAUCAAAAAGAGUUGAACGAACUCGAUUUUCGGAAAUAUAUUGCGAGAAAAGAGUUUCGAUUUAAUAUGAAGGGAAGGUGGAAUUUUGUGUCGGUGGGUGGAUUUUUCGGGGGAAAAUUGACUGAAAAUCUGGAAUUUUCAGCUAAAAUUUGAGCUGGAACAUUGGAGAACAAAUCUAGAUUCAAAAAAACUAAUUCUGAAAUUUUCAAAUUGAUUGAGAAAUUAUUUUCGACUGAAAAUCUCUAGAUUUUUCAACUGAUAUUUUUGGCUGUAAAUUUAGAAAUUUCAAGCUGAAAAUCUGGAAUUUUCAGCUAAAAUUCAAGCUCGGAAAAGUUAUUAUGAGCUGAAAAUCAAUCCGGAAAAUUUUGAAAAAAAAACGAAUUCUGAAAUUUUUAACUGGAAGUUUUUUGGCUGAAAAUUUGAAUUCUUCUCUUGAAAAUCUAGAAUUUUUGAAGCUGAAAAUCUGGAAUUUUCAGCUAAAAUUCAAGCUCGGAAAUUUUGAAAAAAAAUUGAAUUCUAAAAAUUUUUAUCCCAAAUUCAAAAGCUGAAACUUGAUUUUUCUGGAAAAAAUAUUCUGAAAAAUGUUUUUUUUUCUCAAAAAUAAAAAAUUCAUAUUGUCUCGCCAAGCAAUAAAUACACAAUAAUUAGUAAAUUAAUUAAUUAAUUAGCUUAAGAAGAUAAUUCAUGAUUAAUUAAUUAUCCACAACAUCCACAUCCACAUCCAUAUACACCAGUAACAGCAACUGCAGUUACACCACAACCACAACAUCCACAACCAUAAUAUCUUUUGGCACGAAUCAAUAAAUCGAGAGAAGAUUCGGGAUUCUCUUCUUGAUUUCCAGUGACACCUUCUUCAACUUCAGCUUCACCUUCAGAUGGUCCUGAUCCCAAUUCUUCUAGCUUUGAAUCCUGAUUUUUCUGAUUUUCUAGCUCAAUUUCAGUUGAAAAUACCAAAACAACCAAGAAAAUCGAGAAAAUCAACAAGUUUCUCAACAUUUUUGCAAAAUUCAAUUGAAAAAUUCGAUUUUCUCAUGGAUUUUAUACUCGGAAAAGUUGGUGGAUUAUUUGAACACGUGGAAUUUGAAUUUUUUCCAAAAAACAUCUAGAACAAGUAUUUACACAUAUGGAAUUUAUAAUUUUUCCGGAAACACUGUGUAAAUAUGGAAUAUAGUGGUGUAGAAGUUAGGAUAAGUCUGUUGAUUUCGAGGAUUUCUGGUUAAUAUGAGCAAUGAUCAGAAAAUGUCGUAGAGGAAACUUAACCUGAGCAAAAAAAAGGCCAGAAAAUUUUGCAAAUAAAAAUUUUAUUGUGAAUUUUGGAGAAGUUGACCGAAAUUAAAAUUCAAAAUUUACUAACCUGAGCAAUCGGAUUAAUUUUUGUUUUAAGGUUCCUGAAAUUUAGAAAAACAUUCUUUUUACUGUAAUCAAAUUUGAAAAUGACCAAAUUUUCCUAGGAUUACUGUAUAUCGUUUCGAGACCCAAAAAUAUUCAAAUUUGGUCUCAAAACACUCCAAAUUUUCUCAGGAUUACUGUAGCUCGUUUCGAGACCAAAAAAUAUUCAAAUUUGGUCUCAAAACACUCCAAAUUUUCUCAGGAUUACUGUAGCUCGUUUCGAGACCAAAAAAUAUUCAAAUUUGGUCUCAAAACACUCCAAAUUUUCUCAGGAUUACUGUAGCUCGUUUCGAGACCAAAAAAUAUUCAAAUUUGGUCUCAAAACAUUCCAAAUUUUCUCAGGAUUACUGUAAAUCGUUUCGAGACCCGAAAAUAUUCAAAUUUGGUCUCAAAACACUCCAAAUCUUCCCAGGAUUACUGUAAAUCGCUCCAUUUUUUUCCAGGCCCUAAUCCUCAUCGCUUUCACCGCCAUCAUCAUCAUCACCCUAAUUCCACCAUUCAUUCUCUACGGACAAGGUAUUGUGCCGGAAUUCUGCCGAAACAACAGCAAAUUGGCGGUGGUUUCGCGAAAAUGGACGACGAUGAUGAAGAUUGCGGAUGAAGUGCGGCCGGGUGAUUUGGACAAACUUGAGUGGUGCAAGUGAGUGAAUUUUUGGGGGGUUUCAGGGUUCCGAGGCGAUCUACAGUAAUCCUCACGAAAUUUGGGUUAUUUUGAGACCAAACAUGACUGGGUUACUGUAUUUUGGGGGUGUUUUUGAGUCAUGCAGCGAUCUACAGUAAUCCUGGGAAAAUUUGUGUUUUCUUGAUAUUAAAAAAGCUCGGGUUACUGUAGAAGAUUGGCUCAAAAUUGAAAAAAAUCUAAAUUCCGAUGUUUUUGGGUCCCGAAACGAACUACAGUAAUUCUAAGAAACGUAUUUUUUAAAGUAAUUUUCUGUGAGAAAAUUUGGAUUUUUUCGGGUCCCGCAACGAUCUACAGUAAUCCAAAAAUCCUUGGUUACUGUAACACCUUUCAAUCUGAAAUUUUGGAAAAUUCUCAAAAAUUAUCGAUUUUUCAUGAACUCAUCGAAUUUCUAAAUGAAUUUUUGGGUCCUGAAACGAUCUACAGUAAUCCUGGGAAAAUUUCUGGAAUUUCAAAACCAAAUUCGGAUAUUUUUUGGGUUCCGAGGCGAUCUACAGUAAUUCGGAUAUUUUUGGGUCCUGAAACGAUCUACAGUAAUUCAAAAAUUCAGAUCACACUGGUUACUGUACUCUUUUAGAUCUGAAUUUCUGGAAAUUAUAGAUUUUUCCAUUUGGGUCCCGCAACGAAAUCUACAGUAAUCCUUCGUUUUUUCCAGGAAACCCUAUUCCUACGGACUUUGGCCCACUUUUUACUCAAAUAUUCAACACAAAUAUUGGGAUGUCGGCCUUUUUCGCUAUUGGCAAAUUCGAAAAAUCCCCUGUUUCCUCCUGGCUACACCAGCCCUAAUUCUCACCGCAAUCGCAAUUCGAAUAACAUAUCGUGACAUUUUCGAGGAGCGCAAAUGGUUCAAUAUUUGGGUGCUAUUCGGAAGAUCCGAUCAUUUGGUACCAUACGCGAUCCACGCGGCAUUCUUGAUGUUUUUGGGAUGUUUUGUGAUCAAUGCUGAAGUGUUCACCCGCAUUAUUUUCUCGUCCACACCGUUUUUGUAUGUAUUUUUGGCGGAGUGGAUUGAUGAGCUGACCAAAGGGGUGAGUUCACUUUUUUCGCCGUGAAAUUUGGAGCAUUUUGAGCCCGAAUAUGAUUUGUUUCAAGCUCCGCCCCCUUUUUUGCAACCCUGGCACGGUUUUUCUGAGCAUUUUGACAUCAAAUAUGGGUAUUUUUGAAGCCACGCCCAUUUUACUGUGUCCUGUGGGAAAUUUGCGAUUUUUAUAGUAUGAUCAAGAGUAUCUUAAGCUCCGCCCCUUUUUUGCAACCCUGGCACGGUUUUUCUGAGCAUUUUGACAUAAAAAAUGGGUAUUUUUCAAACCACGCCCAUUUUACUGUGCCCUGUGGGAAAUUUGCGAUUUUUGAGACCAAAUAUGAUUAUUUUCAAGCUCCGCCCCUUUUUUUGCAACCCUGGCACGGUUUUUCUGAACAUUUUGAGCCUGAGUUUGAGUAUUUUUGAAGCCACGCCCACUUUUCUGUGCCCUGUGGGAAAUUUGCGCUUUUUGUAGUAUGAUCACGAGUAUAUUUAGCCACGCCCCUAUUUUUUUUGCAACCCUGGCACGGUUUUUCUGAGCAUUUUGAGACCAAAUAUGGGUAUUUUUGAAGCCACGCCCACUUUUCUGUGCCCUGUAGAAAAUUUGAGAAUUUUUGAGACCAAAUAUGUGUUGCUUUAGGCUCCGCCCCUUUUUUGCAACCCUGGCAUGGUUUUUUCAUCUACGAUUUUCUGAGCAUUUUGAGCCUGAAUUCGAGUAUAAUUUAAGCCACGCCCACUUUUCUGUGCCCUGUGGGAAAUUUUCGAUUUUUAUAGUAUUAUCACGAGUAUUCAAAGCUCCGCCCCUUUUUUUUGCAACCCUGGCACGGUUUCAUUUUCGCUGCGAGAUAUUUUUCAUAUUUUUUUUUCGACUUGAAAAACGCCUAAAGAAAAACUAUCAAAUUUUUGAGAAAUUCCAAAAUGCUUAUCAUAAAUUUGAAACGUAUUAUUUUCGGGAAAUUUUUCAUAGUCGAAUUUUGAAUUUUGAAUUUUUGCUGAGCGUGUUUGGAUUCAAAAUGCUCCAAAUUUUCGGACACUUUUCCAAUUUUCAAUUUUUUUUCCAGAACACAUUUGCCAACACAAUGUUGGAUUAUGAAGAAGCCAAUCCAUUCAUCCCAUUUUUCUUUAUCAAACGAGUCUGGGAUUCUGGAAUUUGGGCAAAAUUGUUCUACUUGUAUUUCGUGUCAUAUUUUGUAUUUGGCACAAUUGCUCAUGCCGCAUGGUUGCCAUUUACUUGA